CAGUCCCCUGUCUGCGGAGAUGCAGGUGGCUUCAGGGUCGCACCCCGCAGCCACAGGGCCUGGUCACAGCCCCUGAGCGACAGCUGCUGGGCGGGCGAGCAGAGAGCCCCGACCCAGAGUCAGAGCGGCAGGUGGCCGCUGCCAUGCUCCAGGCCUCCCAGCUGGCCACGCCAGCACUGCUGUGCGGUGAGCAGGCCCCCCGCGGCAGCCCCUUUGCCCUGGAUCAGCCCCUGUGAAGUGGGUACCUCCACCAGGCCCACUGGAAGGCUCCAUGGCAUUUCCUGAACUCCUGGACCAAGUGGGUGGCCUGGGCAGGUUCCAGGCUCUCCAGACAGUGGCCCUGGUGGUCCCCACCAUUUGGCUCACUACCCAGAACAUGCUGGAGAACUUCUCGGCUGCAGUGCCCAGCCACCGCUGCUGGGUGCCCCUCCUGGACAACGGCACUGCUCAGGCCAGUGCCCCUGGGGCCCUGGGCCCCAAGGACCUCCUGACCGUCUCCAUCCCACCAGGCCCCAACCACGGGCCCCACCCAUGUCGCCGCUUCCGCCAACCACAGUGGCAGCUCCUGGAUCCCAACACCACGGCCACCAACUGGAGCGAGGCUGCCACGGAGCCGUGUGUGGACGGCUGGGUGUACGACCGCAGCACCUUCACCUCCACCAUCGUGGCCGAGUGGGACCUGGUGUGUGACUCCCAGGCCCUGAAGCCCAUGGCCCAGUCCAUCUAUCUGUCUGGAGUCCUGGUGGGAGCUGCAGUGUGUGGCCAUAUCUCUGACAGGUUUGGGCGCAGGCUGGUGCUGACCUGGAGCUACCUUCAGGCGGCCGUGUCGGGCACGGCGGCAGCCUUUUCCCCCACCUUCCCCGUGUACUGCCUGUUCCGCUUCCUGGUGGCCUUCGUGGUGGCGGGCAUCAUGAUGAACACCAGCGCUCUCCUGAUGGAGUGGACGUCGGCACGUGCCCGGGUUCUGGUGAUGACUUUGAACACCAUGGCCUUCAGCGUUGGCCAGGUCCUGAUGGCCACAGUGGCCUACGGUGUGCGUGACUGGGCACUGCUGCAGCUGACCGUCUCCGUCCCCUUCUUCCUCUGCUUUGUGUAUUCUUGGUGGCUGGCAGAGUCGGCGAGAUGGCUCCUCCUGGCGGGCAGGCUGGAAGAGGGCCUGCGGGAGCUGCAGAGGGUGGCUGCCAUCAACGGGAGGAAGGCAGUGGGGAAUGCACUGACCAUGGAGGUGUUGCUCUCAGCCAUGCAGGAGGAGCUGAGUGUGGGCCAGGGUCCCGCCAGCCCGGGCGCCCUCUUCCGCACACCUGGCCUGCGCCUCCGGACCUGUGUCUCCACCCUGUGCUGGUUCGCCUUUGGCUUCACCUUCUACGGCCUAGCCCUGGACCUGCAGGCCAUAAGCAGCAACAUCUUCCUGCUCUCGGUCCUCAUUGGGGUUGUGGACAUCCCGGCCAAGAUAGGCAUCCUGCUGCUGCUGAACCGGCUGGGCCGCCGGCCCUCGCAGGUGGUGUCGCUGGUGCUGGCAGGGCUCUGCAUCCUGGCCAACACACUGGUGCCCCCUGAGACAGGGAUCCUGCGUUCAGCCCUGGCUGUGCUGGGGCUCGUGGGAUUGGGGGCCGCCUUCACUAGCACCAUCAUCUACACAGGCGAGCUCUUCCCCACAGUGCUCAGGAUGACCUUUGUGGGCAUGGGCCAGAUGGCAGCCCGCGGAGGAGCCAUCCUGGGGCCUCCAGUCCGGCUGCUGGGUGUAUAUGGCCCUUCACUGCCACUGCUGGUUUACGGGGCUGUACCUGUGCUGAGUGGCCUGGCUGCGCUACUGCUGCCAGAGACCCGGAGCCUACCGCUGCCUGACACCAUCCAAGAUGUGCAGAGCCAGGCAGUGAAGAAGGUGACCCAGGCCAUCCAGGAGGGCUCUGUCCUGAAAUCCACACACUUUUAGGCCUCCUGGGAAGCCGUUGACGAGACACUGGCAGGAGGCAGCUUUUCUCCUCUGGCAAAGGCGGAAGGGGAGCAAAGGCCUCAAUUUUCACAGGGCCUGAGGGCUGGCCCUCGAGCCAAGCCCUGCCUCUCUGUAUGAGGAGCCACUUGCAACACAGAGGGGGCAAAGGAUGGUUGGAUUGACAGGAGGCUGCCCAGUGCACCGUCUCCUGACCCUCCCUCAUGGCUGCAAAGAAGAGUGGGGACCAGGACAGGGAAGGUCUGGCCUGUCCACACCAUGCUCCCCCCUCACUGCUCAAGGUCGCCAACUAUCCAUCUGUGCCCCCAAACUCAGGGGAUGACCAUCACCCCAGCUUCUCACUCUACUGAGGGUUCUGCACAAGCAACGUAGCUAAUGUCACCAGAAAGGUGCCUCUGACCCCUCUCGCCUCUCCCCACACUCCAGCCACACGAGAGUCCUGUCUGGAAGGCCCCCACUGCCUUCUCUACCUGACAGACUCCCACUCAGCCUCCCAGGCUCAGGCACCGGCCUCCCUCUGGGCCCGGGCUGAGGCUCUAGUGAAGCCCUUCCCCACAGCUGUGGCCACACUCCUGCCUCCCACCCCACCAGCCUAUGAGUUUCCACAGGGUUGGGUGGUCCCUUUGUCCCUUGUUCCCAGCUCCCACACAGAGCCCAGCAGGAGGGGUGCUGGUGUGAGGGAGAUGAGAGAGUGAAUAAAGGAACAAAUGACUGCCUCUCA